AUGUUCAACAUCUUCCGCCCCCGCAACUCCUCACUCACACACCCCUCCACAGACACCUCCCCCGCGCCCGGGAUCGUCUACAGCACCGCCAUGGGUCAAUUCGACAUCCGCAGCCACUACAGCCGCCUCCUCUCCGAAGACACCACCAAAUCCAUGCCCAUCGCCGCCAUGGAAUCCCUCUCCGCCCUCUGCGACGCCUCCAAAGCCACCACAAUCCACGAGCUCCUCUCCUCCAUCGAGAUCGGCAGCAAGGCGCUCAUCGCCUCGGUCCCCAACAGCAUCUCCCUCACGGCCGGCUGCGCAAUGUUCACAAAGUUCAUCUCAGCACACACCCACGAUGACCCGAGGGACUUUGGCGCCUUCAAGAAGAAGCUGCAGGAGAACGGGCACCUGUUUGCGCAGAGCGCCCGCGAGGCGCGCUUCAAGAUUGCGGGGCUGGGCGUGGGCAUGCUGCGCGAUGGCGAGGUGGUCAUGGUGCAUGGGUACUCGCGGUGCGCGGUGGGCAUCCUGAAGCUGGCGGCGGAGAGGAAUGUUAGGUUCAAGGUGAUUGUGACGGAGACGAGGCCGAGCUGCCAGGGGACGAAGCUGGCGGUGGAGCUGAGGGCGUUGGGGGUGCCGGUGGCUGUUAUCGACGAUAAUGCGGUGGCGUAUGCGAUGAAGAAGUGCCGCUCGGUGCUGAUUGGGGCAGAGAGUAUCUUUGCAGAUGCUUCUAUUAUCAAUGUUAUGGGCACGCACCAAAUCGCACUCGCCGCCAAAAAGUACCACCGCAAGGUCUACGUAGCCACCGAGACGCACAAGUUCGUCGACAUCUUCCCGCUCGACCAGUUCGACAUCCCGAUCGAGCAGGACGUCAUCAACUUUGACCCGCCGGCAGGCUUCGACGGGCCCAUGCCGCAGACGGAGCUGGGCUUUGUGGAUUACACCGAGCCGCAGUUCAUCGAUGGCUUCAUCACUGAGGUGGGCUUGCUCACGCCGGAUCAGGUUGCGGAGAGGAUCGUGGCUAUGAGGUUCCAGUAG